AUGACUAUUCGCAAACUGAAACCAUUACAAUGUAUCUUCUAUGUUAUUGGUCAAAUAUUGGGUGCAUUUAUAGGAGCUGCCCUAGUCUAUCUUGUCUACUUGAAGCAAUUCGAUGAAUUCGAUGGUGGUACACGAGAAAUGACUGGCCCCAAUGGUACAGCUGAUAUCUUCUUUACGAUGCCUGCCGAAGGUACACCACAGUGGAAUGCGUUGGUCGAUCAGAUUGUCGGCACUGCUAUUCUGAUGAUCUUUGUCAUGGCAGUUACGCAUGCUCGUGAUUUGGGUCCACGUCUUUUUGGAGCAUUUGUCUAUGGUUGGAAUGAUGUAUUUGGUGUACAUAACUAUUUCUUUUGGGUACCGAUCGUUGGUCCAAUUGUCGGAGCUAUUCUUGGUGUGUGGAUCUACCAAGGUUUUAUUUGGAUCGUGAAGCAUUAUGGCCAUCUUUCCUAUAUUGAAGAUAGUAAUGCCGAUAAAAAGAUCGAUUCGAAAGCGAUACAGAUACCAGAGAAUGAUUUAUCAGAUCUUUGA